AACUUGCCACAGGAAGCUGUAGUAGGUAUUACGUGCACUUUAAGCUAGCUGUCCACUGGCACACCAAUAGGAAAACCCCGCUCCAUUGUGCUUUCACCGGAUUGAUAACUGCAGACUAGCGACACACACCGUUCCUACCAUGGACUCGCAGGUGAUGACCAACCCCGGGGAAAUAUCCAGUCUCUACAGAGAACUCAGUCUCUUCCCUUCUUUGAGCAGAGCAGAUCUGGGACCUGUCGUCACCUCUCAGUAUGGGGGCAAAUACAGCAAUGUCUACACAGAAUGGAGCCAGCGUGAUCUGGAGAGGAAUGAGAAUGUCAAAUUUUGCAGACAGUACAUUGUGUUCCACGAUGACGAGUCGGUGGUCUACUCUGGAGCCUCAGGAAACUGCACUGAGAUCAAGGGAGAGUUGCUAAGUAAGGAUUCCCCCACGGGUGAAAUGAAGGCCGUUGUCAGAGAGUGCACAAUCAAAGGAGAGGACAAACAGUUUCUGGAGAUCUGGAGUAAAAACAUCAAGAUGAAGAGCAUCAAUCUAACAGCCUUAAAGAAGCAUGGCAAAGUCUAUGAAGACGAUCAGUUUGGCUGCUUGGUUUGGUCCCACUCCGAGACCCAUCUCUUGUAUGUGGCAGAAAGGAAGAGACCCAAGGCAGAAUCCUUCUUCCAGACUGAGUCACCAGAGCUGUCUUCUAUUGGGGAUGAGGAGGAGACCAUGAGAGCGGAGAAAAAGGAGGCUGUAAAAGGGGAGCAGUUUGUCUUCCAUGAGGACUGGGGAGAGGCGCUAGUCAGUAAGAGCUGUCCAGUGCUCUGUGUUCUGGACAUCGAGGGUGGCAAUGUGUCUGUGCUGGAGGGAGUGCCUGAAGAUAUCUCACCUGGACAGGCAUUUUGGGCUCCAGGUGACACAGGAGUUGUGUUUGUAGGCUGGUGGCAUGAGCCUUUCAGACUUGGCCUCAAGUACUGCCCCAACAGGAGGUCAUCUUUGUUUUAUGUGGAUCUAAUUGGUGGGAAAUGUGAGCAGCUGUCAUCAGGAACCAGUGCAGUGUGCUCCCCUAGGCUGAGCCCAGACCAGUGUCGGAUUGUUUACCUGGAGUGUUCUGUCUAUGGACCACACAUGCAGUGCAGCAGGCUCUGUAUGUACGAUUGGUAUACUAAGAAGACCUCAGUGGUGGUGGAUGUAGUGAACCGACCUGGAGAGGAUGGCUUCACCGGUAUCUACAGUUCUCAGUUGUCCCCCCAGUGCUGGUCAGCUGAUAGUCAGCGUGUUAUUGUUGCUUGUCCUCAGCGCAGCCGCAAGGACCUUUUGAUGGUGGAUAUAAACACUGGGAGUGUCACCUCUCUGACUUCAAAGUCUGAUGUUGGUAACUGGUGUUUGCUGAAUGUAGAGAGAGAUCUGAUGGUGGUUAGCUGCUCCUCUCCAAACUGCCCACCAAGUCUGAGGGUAGGUUUCCUUCCAGCCAGGGAAUCUCAGGAAGAAGUGGUCUGGGUAACUCUGGAGGACUCUCAGAAGUUGACAGAUAUUGAUUGGCAGAUCUUGAGUUUCACCCCUCCCCCAGAGCAAGACAACAGUCAAUACCCUGGCCUUGAUUUCGAAGCUUUGCUGAUCAAACCAAAGGAGGUGAAGGAUGGAGUGAAGCUGCCUCUUAUUGCAAUUCCUCAUGGGGGUCCUCACUCAGUGAUUGUAGCUGAGUGGCUUCUGUCCUCGUCUGUGCUGUGCAGGAUGGGCUUCGCCGUAUUACUGGUGAACUAUCGUGGCUCUCUUGGGUAUGGCCAGGACAGCGUCCUCUCAUUACCUGGCAAUAUUGGCAUCCAGGACGUCAAGGAUGUUCAAUUUGCUGUUGAAAGUGUCCUUAAAAGUGGCGAGUUUGACACAAAGAAGGUGGCAGUUUCCGGAGGCUCCCACGGUGGUUUCCUGGCCUGUCAUCUGAUCGGCCAGUACCCAGGGUUCUACAAGGCCUGCGUGGCUCGCAACCCUGUCGUCAAUUUGGCCUCCAUGAUUUGCAGCACUGACAUCCCAGACUGGUGCAUUGUUGAGGCUGGGUUCAACUACAGCACAGACUGCCUACCCGAUCCAGCUGUUUGGGAACAGAUGCUGAACAAGUCCCCCAUCAAACAUGUCACACAGGUACAGACACCAGUAUUGCUUACCUUAGGGGAAGAUGACAAGCGUGUACCUAACAAGCAAGGACUGGAAUAUUACAAAGCUCUGAAAGUGAAGCAGGUCCCAGUCCGGUUGCUGUGGUACCCAGGGAACAAUCACUCUCUCUCCAAGGUGGAUGCUGAGUCUGAUGGCUUUAUGAACAUCGCUCUUUGGAUGAUACAACACUUGUGUCAGUGAUUGUACAUUUCAGAUAACUACCUGGUAGUGUGCUGUUUCUCCUGCUAAGAAAAGAUAGGAAGACACUACUGUGUGUACGAGACAUUCUGCUUCUGUUUCCAGGACAGUGUGAGGUCCAGUCCAAAGCCAAAGCAUUGAAAGUGCUCUCUGACCAGAACACACUUUGUAUUUCUUCAUGUUAUUUGUAAACUUUCUGUGGCUAUGGUGAUUGCCACAGUUUCUUUUAACGGGUGGUUGGGGAGAUGAUUGUUUUAACACAGCACUGGAAAAUGGCAGGUUUGAUUAAUCAAACACAUUUUAUUCAUACAGUUUGAAUAUUUCAUUUUUGACUCUUUACAUUCACACAGAAAAUAAAGGGCUUUUCAGUGUGUUAACUUGGAUUCACAGAAAUAAGGAUCACAGUCUGUCUUUUCUUUGCUUAUUGGAACUGUUUGGCUUUUUUAAAAAAAGGAAUGCUGUUUUGAUUUCAUGAUACCAUGCACUUAAUAAAGCAAUUGUAAAAAUAC